AUGUUACUAGAAAGUUUUAUUCUAAUUUUCUUGUGUCAUCAAACGUUCUCAAAUGGACUUCGUAUUAAUACUACGUCAGGUAUAUUCGAAGGUAAAGAAAUAACUGUUAAUAAUGUUCCAAUCCGACAAUAUUUUGGUAUACCUUAUGGUGAAAAACCGGCACGUUUUGAAAACUCAAUUUUACGAAACUAUAGUUCAAAAGUUGUACAGGCCACUGAACGAACAUCAGGUUGUUUACAAGCACCUGGUGGACUUUCUUAUGGACCAUUUGAAUUAUCGGAUAUGUAUGAAGAAGAUUGUUUAACAUUAAAUAUGUUUAAUCCACGAACAAAAUCUCAAUUACCAAAAGCAAUUAUGGUCUUUUGUCAUGGGGGUUCAAAUCAAGUUGGUUCAGCUUCAUUAUUUGAUGGAAGUGCUGUUGCUGCUAUUGGUGAUGUGAUUGUUAUAACAAUAAAUUAUCGUUUAAAUAUCUUAGGAUUUUUAACACCAGGUCUCGAUGUUAUGUCAGACCCAGAUGUUAUGAAAGGAAAUUAUGGUUUACAUGAUCAAAUUUUAGCAUUAAAAUGGAUAUCAAUUAAUGCAAAAUCUUUUAAUGGUGAUCCAAAACGUAUUACUUAUAUUGGACAUUCAGCUGGCGCAGCAAAUGCUGUUUUACUUGCCAUGUCAGAACGUUCUAAUGGUUUAAUAGCUCGCGUUAUUGCACAAAGUGGUUGUCCAUUAAAUCAAUGGGCAAUUGAUAGACAACCAUCAGUUCGUUUUGAUAAUGUUAUUAAACGUAAUGGUAUGAAAGCAAAUAAGAAAUAUAUGCAAUCAAAUAUAAAUCAAUUAAAACAAACUCCAGCAAAUAAUUUUAGUUAUAUGUAUCAUUCAGGAUUAGAAAUAUCACCAGAUUAUCCAUUUCCUACUAUUGACAAUGAUAUUCUUACGAAUGAUUUAGAAGAACUUAUACGUAAAGGACCACUUAAGAAUGUUGAUAUAUUAAUUGGUGUAACGGCUGAUGAAGCAUUGUAUUUUGCUGAAGAACAUAUAUUUAAUCAUUAUUUACCAAGACAAUAUCGUACACAUCAAUCAUUAACAACUACUCAACGACCUUCAACAAUAAAACCGAAUGAUUUUAAUACAACACAAAGUCCAAUUAAAAAAAUAACUGAAACAGAACAACCUCGUGGAUUUUCAUAUUUUAGAAAAAAUCAAUAUAUUAGAAAUUAUUUAAAGACUAAUUAUCCAAAUCAUUUAUGUUAUUAUGAAAGUAUACAAGCAAGAUAUAUGCCAAGUGUUAAUGAUCAACAUAAUCUUACUGAAACUGCUCGUCUUUAUACUAAUCUAGUCAGCGAUCUAAUGUUUUAUUAUGAUCUUGUUCGUUUUCUUCAUCACCGUUUAGAAUCACAAACAAAAGCAACAACAUAUGUAUAUUAUCAUACAAAUCCACCUGUAUUUGAUCUUGAUAAUGUCCUUCGACGUAUUCCACAUAUGAUUGGACAUUUUGCUGAACUUGAUUUAACAUGGGGUAUUCCAUUUUUUAGUCGAAAAAUUCGUACAAAUAUAGCAUAUAAUAUGAAUAUAUCUUAUACAUCCGAAGAAGUUGAACUUAGUUUUCAAUUAAUUCGUUAUUGGACAAAUUUUGCUAAAACAGGAAAUCCAAAUGAACCCGAAUAUACAUCAGUUCUUUGGCCGGCAUAUGAAAAAGAAAAAAAAUCAUUUAUUAGUUUUAAUGCCAAUGAUACUCAUAUAGAACAUAAUUUCUUAGAAGAACGUUUUCAAUUUUGGAAUACAAUAUUACAUAAUCAAAUGUGUGCACCAUUUCGUUGGUAUCAUACAUGUUUACUUGUUGGUAUACUUCUAAUUGUUCUUAUACUGUUAUCAAUUUAUAUUUUUUAUAAUGCUAAACGAUCACGACGAAAUAUCAAACCAACAGAAGUAACAAAUACUGAUGUUGUGACUACUUAUCAUUUUUCAUCGAGUGUUGUCUCUUAA